CUAAUCAUUCUUUUGUUAUUUCGUUUUUUACAGCAAACCAUAAUGGAUUUCUACUACUUGCCCGGUUCCGCUCCCUGCCGCAGUGUCUUGAUGACCGCCGCCUCCUUGGGCAUUGAACUCAACAAGAAAUUGUUGAACUUGCAAGCCGGCGAACACUUGAAACCCGAAUUCUUGAAGAUCAAUCCCCAACACACCAUCCCCACCUUGGUCGAUGGCGAUUUCGCCUUGUGGGAAUCUCGUGCCAUUAUGGUCUACUUGGUCGAGAAAUACGGCAAAACCGAUUCCUUGUUCCCCAAGUGCCCCAAGAAGCGUGCCGUUAUCAAUCAACGUUUGUACUUCGAUCUCGGUACCUUGUACAAGAGCUUCGCCGAUUACUACUAUCCUCAGAUCUUCGCCAAGGCUCCCGCCGAUCCUGAGAACUUCAAGAAGAUGGAAACCGCUUUCGAUUUCUUGAACACCUUCUUGGAGGGUCACCAAUAUGCUGCCGGUGAUCAAUUGACCGUUGCCGAUUUGGCUUUGUUGGCCAGUGUCAGCACCUUCGAUGUUGCCGGUUUCGAUUUCAGCAAAUACGCCAAUGUUGCCAAAUGGUACGAACACUGCAAGACUGUUGUUCCCGGCUGGGAAGAAAACUGGGCCGGUUGCUUGGAAUUCAAGAAAUUCUUCGGUUAAGUUAAUUUGUUAUGAGUUUUUUUUAAAUUAU